UGACUCCCUCCCUGCUCGGUCCUGAUCCUGUCUUACCCCCCCGUCAGAUCUCUCAGACCUGCGCUGGAGAUCAGCAGAAACCAUGACUCUCCUGACCGAGGAGAAGCCCCGCCGCUUCCCCGAGCCGGUGAACCACCCCACCGUGACCCUAAAGUCCUCCUCCACAGGCUGCGAGGUCGACGGGAAGGGCGUGGACGCCACGGGAACAAGGCCGGAGUGCUCGAUCAUCUGCCCCGUGGAGCCCCCCAGGAGGUCCCGUGGGCGGCUCCUCAUGCACGGCGCGGUGAUGUUCGGACGCGAGUUCUGCUACGCCAUGGAGGCGGCGUUCGUCAUGCCGGUUCUGCUGAGCGUGGGACUUCCACGGAGCCUCUACAGCCUGGUGUGGCUCAUCAGCCCGGUGCUCGGAUUCCUCCUGCAGCCGGUCAUCGGGUCGGCCAGCGACCACUGCAGGUCGGUGUGGGGGCGCAGGAGACCCUUCAUCCUCACGCUCGGGGUCAUAAUGCUGGUCGGAAUCACCAUGUUCCUUAACGGCGACGCUCUGGUUACAGCUGUGGUCAGUGGGCAGACCCUGAAGACCACCUGGUCCAUCGUGGUGGUCAUGCUGGGCGUGGUCAUGUUCGACUUCGCGGCUGAUUUUAUAGACGGGCCGGUGAAGGCGUACCUGUUCGACGUGUGUUCUUACAAGGACAAGGAGAAGGGUCUGCACUACCACGCCCUGCUCACCGGUCUGGGAGGGGCGUUCGGGUACCUGAUCGGGGCCAUGGACUGGGGCCACUCUGCGCUGGGGGCCCUGCUGGGCUCCGAGUACCAGGUGAUCUAUUUCUUCUCGGCUCUGACCUGGAGCAUCUUCCUCACCGUGCAUCUCUUCAGCAUCCCUGAGAAGUCUCUCAGCAAGCAGUACCGGUCCGAGACGUCCUCCCCCCGCGCCCCCCUGCUCCCGGAGACCGCCGUCAGCACCUACGGCACCCUGCCCGAGGACCCGACACCCACGCCCGAGCUCCGGCCCCGGUCCCUCUCCGCCCUGAGCGAAGCCAACGCGGUCACGCCCAGCGCCAAGCAGCCCAGCGGUGAGGUCCAGAAGAGAAUGACCCUCAGAUCAUUACUGUCAGCCAUGAUUAACAUGCCGAGUCAUUAUCGUUACCUGUGUAUCAGUCACCUGCUGGGCUGGACGGCGUUCCUCUGUAACAUGCUCUUCUUCACUGACUUCAUGGGCCAGAUCGUGUAUAAAGGAAACCCGUACGCUGCUCAUAACUCCACGGCGUACGUCACCUAUGAGCGGGGCGUGGAAGUGGGCUGCUGGGGACUCUGCAUCAACGCCGUGUCCUCCGCUCUCUACUCGUACCUGCAGAGGCUCCUGCUGCCCUACAUCGGACUGAAGGGGCUCUACUUUGUGGGUUAUCUGGUUUUCGGACUGGGCACCAGUCUGAUCGGUCUGUUCCCCAACAUCAUCUCCACUCUGACCCUGUGCUGUGUGUUCGGGGUGAUGUCCUGCACGCUCUACACCGUCCCCUUCAACCUCAUCUCCGAGUACCACAAAGAGGACGAGGAGAUGGUGAGGCAGGGCAUCAAGGACCCGGCUCUGCAGAAGCGGGGUACAGGGAUGGACUGUGCCGCUCUCACCUGUAUGGUGCAGUUAGCUCAGAUCGUAGUGGGAGCCGGACUGGGAGCUCUGGUGAAUCUAGCCGGCAGUGUGGUGGUGGUGGUUCUGGCGGCUUCCAGCGUCUCGCUCCUCGGGUGUCUCUUCAUCACCGUCUUCAUCAGACACGUCCCAUAAUCUCAUCUCCAAAAUAAAAGCUCCACUUUUUCAUUU